GACUCCACAUUUUCAUACAAGUUGCUACAGCUUUCUGAUCUCCGCUGUCUCUCUCUCUCUCCACUGCUUUCUUUUUUCUCUGCCUCCUUGCUGGGACAAUUACAGAUCCUGAGUUCAAGCAUUUCAGCUUCAUCUUUUGAUUCUUCUUCUAUAUUUUUCUCUAACCAAAGACUUGACCUGCUGCACUUUGAUUUUGUGCUUAUGUUAUCUUCCUAAAAAGAGAAAGGAAACAGAAGACAGGAAGAAGAAGAAAGGUGAAAGAGGAUUACAGAGUGAUAACCCAAUUCUCCCUCCCUGCUCUCUCCCAGCACAAAGGGGGGUGUGGAAGCUCCUGGAGGGGUUAACCAGACCCUGCCAAGAAAUAUCUCACUGUUUCCAAAGAGGAGGCAAAUAAUAAGGGAACUAAUUUAAUUGUUGAGGUCAGUUUCAACAGCUUCAGUUCGAUUUCACAGUGUGAGGUUUGGAUCCAGCCAUCCCUGCAUACUCUCUACUUUACAAUCCCCACCCUAUUUUUUCUAUUGUUGAUCUCCGUAUAAAAAGCAGAAAGCUUCAAAUCCAAAGCCAUCAUGAGUAGCAACGAUUAUUACGACCAACACCAAGGCGAAGAAGCAGAAGAGAUGCCUGCCACAGAGAAGGAUUUGGCAGAAGAUGCCCCAUGGAAGAAAAUCCAGCAGAACACCUUCACCAGGUGGUGCAAUGAACAUCUCAAGUGUAUGAACAAGCGCAUUGGAGACCUGCAGAAAGACCUGACUGAUGGCUUGAAGCUUAUAGCCUUACUCGAGGUGCUGAGCCAGAAGAAGAUGUACAGAAAGUACCACUCCAGACCCAACUUCAGGCAAAUGAAACUGGAGAAUGUAUCGGUGGCUUUGGAGUUCCUGGAUCGGGAGCACAUCAAGCUUGUAUCUAUAGACUCAAAAGCCAUUGUUGAUGGGAACCUGAAGCUAAUCCUGGGUUUAAUAUGGACCCUCAUUCUGCAUUACUCCAUCUCCAUGCCUAUGUGGGAGGAUGAGGAUGAAGAAGAUGCCAAAAAGCAGACACCAAAACAAAGACUUCUGGGAUGGAUCCAGAACAAAAUACCCCAGCUGCCAAUUACCAAUUUCCAUCGGGAUUGGCAGGAUGGUAAAGCUUUGGGAGCUCUUGUGGACAAUUGUGCCCCAGGUUUAUGUCCAGAUUGGGAGGCUUGGGAUCCAAACCAGCCUGUGGAGAAUGCAAGGGAAGCCAUGCAACAAGCGGACGAUUGGCUUGGAGUACCACAGGUCAUUGCACCUGAGGAGAUAGUGGACCCCAAUGUGGAUGAACAUUCAGUCAUGACCUACUUGUCCCAGUUCCCCAAGGCAAAGCUCAAGCCAGGAGCUCCCCUUCGUUCCAAGCAGUUAAACCCAAAGAAAGCGAUUGCUUAUGGACCAGGUAUUGAGCCCAAUGGAAACAUGGUCUUAAAACCAGCCUUUUUCACGGUAGAGACCAUUCAGGCUGGUCUCGGAGAAGUCCUGGUAUUUGUUGAAGAUCCUGAAGGCCACACAGAGGAGGCCAAAGUUAUUCCCAACAAUGAUAAGAACAGAACUUACUCCGUCAGCUAUGUCCCAAAGGUUGCUGGUCUUCACAAGGUCACAGUGCUGUUUGCUGGUCAAAACAUCAACAAAAGUCCAUUUAAUGUCAAUGUGGGCAUGGUAUUGGGAGAUGCCAACAAAGUGACUGCCCGAGGACCUGGAUUAGAACCUGUCGGGAAUGUAGCAAACAAACCAACAUAUUUUGAUAUCUACACAGCAGGGGCUGGCUCUGGAGAUGUUGGAGUGGUAAUUGUAGAUCCCCAGAAUCGUCAGGACACAGUGGAAGUAGUUCUGGAAGACAAAGGAGACAAUAUAUACCGCUGUACCUACCGACCCAUUACAGAGGGACCUCAUAAGAUCUUCAUUACCUUUGCUGGGUCGCAAAUACCAAAGUGUCCUUAUGUUGUCAAUAUCUCAGAAGCUGUUGUUUUGCCCCCAGCUCCAAGCACCCCACCCUUGCAGAUCACCCCCCAGGCCAUUGUCACCCCGCCUCCUGAUAAAGCCAAGAAAGUGGCACCCCCACCUCCACCCAAACCUAAACCACGCAAGUCAACAUGUAAUCCAAAUGCCUGCAGGGCUUCUGGUCGUGGACUGCAACCUAAAGGUGUGCGCGUGAAGGAAGCAGCCGACUUCAAGGUGUUUACCAAGGGAGCUGGAAGUGGAGAAUUGAAAGUCACCAUCAAAGGGCCAAAAGGAACAGAGGAGCCAGUGAAAAUUCGUGAUGUGGGAGAUGGUGUGUACGAAUGUGAAUAUUUCCCAGUUAUACCAGGAAAAUAUGUAGUGACAAUUACAUGGGGAGGAUUUGCCAUUCCCAGGAGUCCCUUUGAAGUUGUCAUUAGCCCAGAGGUCGGUGUACAGAAAGUGAGAGCCUGGGGCCCAGGUCUGGAGACUGGUAUGGUGGGCAAAUCUGCUGAUUUUGUCGUGGAAGCUAUCGGCACAGAGGUUGGAACUCUUGGCUUCUCCAUUGAGGGACCAUCCCAAGCCAAGAUUGAGUGUGAUGACAAGGGAGAUGGAUCAUGUGAUGUGCGCUACUGGCCCACUGAACCUGGCGAGUAUGCAGUUCAUGUGAUCUGUGAUGAUGAAGAUAUCAAGGACAGUCCAUUCAUUGCACACAUUCUACCAGCCAGCAACAAAGGUUUCCCUGAGAAGGUUAAAGCAUUUGGCCCUGGCUUGGAACCUACAGGUUGUAUAGUAGAGCAUCCUGCUGAAUUCACCAUUGAUGCUCGGGCUGCUGGCACUGCUGAACUGAAGAUUUAUGCCCAGGAUGCUGAAGGAUCACCCAUCGAUAUAAAGAUAAAGGACAAUGGCGAUAAUACAUAUGUAUGCGUAUAUGUGCCAACCAAGCCAAUCAAACACACCAUUAUCAUCACAUGGGGAGGAGUCAAUAUUCCAAACAGCCCAUACCGGGUAUCUGUGGGUGAAGGGAGUCACCCUAAUAAAGUUAAAGUUUAUGGUCCAGGAGUGGAGAAGACAGGCCUGAAGGCCAACGAACCAACAUAUUUCACUGUUGACUGCAGUGAGGCUGGACAAGGUGACGUCAGCAUAGGCAUUAAGUGUGCUCCUGGGGUGGUAGGACCAGCAGAAGCCGAUAUCGACUUUGACAUCAUUAAGAAUGAUAAUGACACUUUCACUGUUAAAUACACCCCUCCUGGAGCUGGGAAAUAUACAAUCAUGGUUCUGUUUGCUGACCAGGAAAUCCCUAUCAGCCCUUUCCGGGUAAAGGUAGAUCCAUCACAUGAUGCCAACAAAGUCCGGGCAGAUGGCCCAGGGCUUAACCGCACAGGGGUUGAAGUUGGAAAGCCUACUCACUUUACCGUGUACACCAAGGGAGCUGGGAAAGCAAAACUGGAUGUUCAGUUCACUGGAAGCCUAAAGGGGGAAGCUGUCAAAGACUUUGAAAUCAUUGACAACCAUGACUAUUCAUACACCGUGAAGUAUACAGCAGUGCAGCAGGGUAAUAUCUCUGUGUCAGUGACAUAUGGCGGUGAUCCUAUUCCUAAGAGCCCCUUUAUUGUCAAUGUGGCUCCUCCUCUAGACCUGGGAAAAGUCAAAGUUCAAGGACUAAACAAUAAAGUGGAUGUUGGGAAGGACCAGGAGUUCUCCAUUAACACCAGUGGGGCAGGAGGUCAGGGCAAGGUAGAUGUGAAGAUCACAUCUCCCUCUCGCCGCCCAAUCCCAUGCAAGGUGGAGACUGGAGUUACCAGUGACAUUCACACAGUCAAAUACAUGCCCCCUGAGGAAGGACCAUACAAGGUGGACAUCAGCUAUGAUGGGCAUCCCAUUCAAGGAAGUCCCUUCACUGUUGAAGCAGUAAUGCCCCCUGACUCUUCCAAGGUUCGCGCUUACGGCCCAGGUUUGAAAGGUGGUUUUGUGGGUAAACCAGCCCCAUUUGCCAUUGAUACUAAAGGUGCCGGUACUGGUGGACUUGGCCUCACAGUAGAGGGACCAUGCGAGGCCAAAAUUGAAUGUCAGGAUAAUGGAGAUGGUUCCUGCUCAGUGUCCUACCUUCCCACAGAACCAGGGGAGUAUUCCAUCAACAUCCUGUUUGCAGAAUCUCACAUUCCUGGAUCUCCAUUUAAAGCAGAUAUCCGCCCUGUGUUUGACCCAAGCAAAGUUACAGCUAGUGGUCCUGGCCUAGAAAGGGGAAAAGCUGGGGAAGUGGCCACAUUCACGGUGGACUGCUCCAAAGCUGGGGAUGCUGAGCUCACCAUUGAGAUCCUGUCAGAUUCAGGAGCAAAGGCUGAGGUGCUGAUCCAGAACAACAGCGAUGGAACCUACAGCAUCACCUACAUCCCAUCCUGCCCUGGGGCCUAUACCAUAACCAUCAAGUAUGGAGGACACGCAGUACCUAAAUUCCCAGUGAACGUCAAUGUGGAACCUGCUGUGGACACAAGCGGUGUGAAAGUGUUUGGUCCAGGAGUAGAGCCAAGAGGUGUUCUCCGUGAGGUUACCACAGAAUUCACAGUUGAUGCACGCUCCCUAACCAAGACAGGUGGUAGCCACGUGACUACUCGUAUUCUCAGUCCUUCAGGAGCCGUCACCGAAAGUUUUUUAUCAGACAAGGGGGAUGGAACAUACCAUGUGCAAUAUACAGCAUACGAGGAUGGUGUGCACUUGGUGGAAGUUUUGUAUGAUGAUGUUCCAGUACCGAAGAGCCCAUUCAGGGUUUCUGUCACUGAGGGUUGUGAUCCAUCUCGUGUGAGAGCAUAUGGCCCAGGGCUAGAAGGAGGGCUGCUUAACAAAUCCAAUCGGUUCACUGUGGAGACCAGGGGAGCUGGUACAGGAGGCCUUGGUUUAGCCAUUGAAGGUCCCUCUGAGGCAAAGAUGUCCUGCAAAGACAACAAAGAUGGCAGUUGUAGUGUGGAGUACAUUCCAUUUACUCCUGGAGAAUAUGAUGUGAAUAUCACCUUUGGUGGGCGCCCAAUACCAGGAAGCCCAUUCCGUGUGCCAGUAAAGGAGGUUGUUGACCCAAGCAAAGUGAAGUGCUCUGGGCCUGGGCUUGGGGCCGGAGUGAGAGCUCAUGUGCCACAGACGUUCACCGUAGACUGCAGCAAAGCUGGACUGGCACCUCUAGAAGUGCUUGUACAGGGACCUUCAGGCUUAGCAGAGCCUGUUGAUGUUCGUGAUAAUGGAGAUGGAACUCACACCGUGAACUACACUCCUGCAACAGAUGGACCUUACACAGUGUCUGUGAAAUAUGCUGACCAGGAGGUGCCACGCAGCCCAUUCAAGAUUAAAGUGCUGCCCACUCAUGAUGCCAGCAAAGUGCGAGCCAGUGGCCCGGGUCUCAACACAGCUGGUAUCCCAGCCAGCCUUCCUGUGGAGUUUACUAUUGAUGCCCGCGAUGCAGGGGAAGGGCUGCUGACAGUUCAAAUUCUGGAUCCUGAAGGGAAACCCAAGAAGGCCAACAUCCGAGGCAAUGGAGAUGGCACAUACACAGUCUCUUAUCUACCAGAUAUGGCAGGAAGAUACACUAUCACUAUUAAAUAUGGUGGGGAUGAGAUUCCCUACUCUCCAUUCCGUAUUCAUGCAGUGCCCACUGGAGAUGCCAGCAAGUGCUUAGUAACAGUGUCCAUCGGAGGACACGGAUUAGGAGCCUGUCUGGGACCAACUAUCCAGAUUGGAGAGGAAACUGUUAUCACAGUGGAUGCUAAGGCUGCAGGAAAGGGGAAGGUGACUUGCAAGGUGUCAACUCCAGAUGGAGCAGAGCUAGAUGUUGAUGUAGUUGAAAACCAGGAUGGAACCUUUGACAUAUACUACACAGCACCUGAACCGGGAAAAUAUGUUAUCACAAUCCGCUUUGGUGGGGAACUCAUCCCUAACAGCCCCUUCCAUGUAGUGGCAUGUGACACAAUACCAAUCAUAGAGGAACCGUGUGACACUGUACAACUACACCAGCCUUACCCUGCACACCUGCCUGGCUAUCCAACUCACUGGGCCACAGAAGAGCCUGUUGUCCCAGUGGAGAAUUUGGACACCAUGCUCAGACCAUUCAACCUUGUCAUUCCCUUCACUGUGCAAAAGGGUGAAAUCACAGGGGAGGUUCGAAUGCCUUCGGGGAAAACAGCUCGUCCCAAUAUUACUGAUAACAAGGACGGAACUGUCACUGUAAAAUUUGCACCUGUGGAGAAAGGACUGCAUGAGAUGGACAUCAAAUACGAUGGCAAUCAUAUUCCAGGGAGCCCUCUGCAGUUUUACGUGGAUGCCAUUAACAGCCGACAUGUAAAUGCAUAUGGACCAGGCCUUAGUCAUGGAAUGGUCAACAAACCAGCUACAUUUACUAUUGUCACAAAAGAUGCUGGGGAAGGUGGAUUAUCCUUGGCUGUUGAGGGUCCAUCAAAGGCAGAGAUCACUUGUAAGGAUAACAAAGAUGGUACCUGCACUGUGUCCUACUUACCCACAGCUCCUGGAGACUACAACAUUAUUGUGCGAUUUGAUGACAAGCACAUCCCAGGCAGUCCUUUCACAGCCAAGAUAACAGGAGAUGAUUCAAUGAGAACUUCUCAGCUCAAUGUUGGAUCUUCAACAGAUGUCUCCCUCAAGAUCACUGAGUCAGACCUGAGUCUGCUAACUGCCAGCAUCAGAGCUCCAUCUGGCAUUGAGGAGCCUUGUCUUCUUAAGAGACUGCCAAAUAGGCACAUAGGUAUCUCCUUCACUCCAAAAGAGGUGGGUGAGCAUGUGGUAAGCGUGAAGAAGAAUGGGAAACAUGUGAACAACAGUCCCUUCAAAAUUAUGGUGGGACAAUCUGAGAUUGGUGACGCAAGCAAGGUGAAGGUGUCCGGAAAGGGAUUAAUAGAAGGAACAACAUUUGAGGUUUCCGAGUUCCUAGUCGACACAAGGAAUGCAGGAUAUGGAGGUCUAGGGCUGUCCAUAGAAGGUCCAAGUAAAGUGGAUAUUAAUUGUGAAGAUGUUGAAGAGGGAACAUGCAAGGUGUCAUAUUGUCCUACUGAACCUGGAACCUAUAUUAUAAAUAUCAAGUUUGCAGAGAAACACGUCCCAGGAAGCCCAUUCAUGGUGAAGGUUACCGGUGAGGGGCGUAUGAAAGAAAGCAUUACCAGAAGACGUCAGGCUCCUUCAAUUGCCAGCAUUGGCAGCCCAUGUGACCUCAACCUCAAGAUCCCAGGCAACUGGUUCCAGAUGGUGUCGGCACAAGAGCGCCUAACUCGUACAUUUACACGCAGCAGCCACACAUACACUCGUACAGAGCGUACAGAGAUCAGCAAGACAAGAGGUGGUGAGACAAAGCGUGAGGUGAGAGUGGAGGAAUCAACACAGGUCGGAGGAGAUCCUUUCCACAAUGUGUUUGGAGACUUCCUUGGACGCGAGAGCCUUGGAACCUUUAGCAGUAUUGCAAGGCAAGAAGGAGGUGAGGCAGGGUCACAGGAUAUGACAGCCCAGGUGACCAGCCCUUCUGGAAAAACAGCAGAUGCUGAAAUCAUUGACGGAGAGGACAGCACAUACAGCGUACGUUUCGUGCCACAGGAGAUGGGAGCCCACACUGUCAGUGUCAAGUACCGUGGUCAGCAUGUACCUGGGAGCCCAUUCCAAUUCACAGUUGGCCCCAUGGGAGAAGGAGGAGCACACAAGGUCAGGGCUGGAGGCACUGGCUUGGAAAGGGGAGUUGCAGGGGUUCCAGCUGAAUUCAGUAUCUGGACCCGUGAGGCUGGAGCUGGGGGUCUGUCCAUUGCUGUGGAAGGCCCAAGUAAGGCAGAGAUCUCCUUUGAAGACCGAAAAGAUGGAUCAUGCGGAGUGUCCUAUAUUGUACAGGAAGCUGGUGACUAUGAGGUGUCUAUUAAAUUUAAUGAUGAACACAUCCCAGACAGCCCCUUUGUAGUCCCAGUAGCCUCGCGCUCUGACGAUGCUCGUCGUUUGACUGUAACCAGCCUUCAGGAGACAGGAUUAAAGGUCAACCAACCAGCCUCAUUUGCUGUGCAGCUGAACGGAGCUCGAGGAGUGAUAGAAGCCAAAGUACACACUCCUUCUGGAGUAGUAGAGGAGUGCUACGUUUCUGAAGUAGACAGUGAUAAAUACUCAAUCCGUUUUAUUCCUCGUGAGAAUGGUGUGCACUCCAUUGAUGUCAAGUUCAAUGGGCGCCACAUCCCAGGCAGCCCCUUCAAGAUCCGUGUAGGAGAACAGAGCCAGGCUGGAGACCCUGGACUUGUCACAGCAUAUGGACCAGGCUUGGAGGGUGGGGUCACAGGAAGACCAUCAGAAUUUAUUGUAAACACAUUGAAUGCUGGACCCGGGUCUCUCUCUGUAACCAUUGAUGGUCCAUCCAAAGUUAAGCUGGAUUGUCAGGACUGUCCUGAUGGCUACAAAAUUAGCUACACUCCAAUGGCUCCUGGAAACUACUUAAUCUCUAUUAAGUAUGGAGGUCCCCAACAUAUAGUUGGAAGUCCAUUUAAAGCCAGAGUAACAGGUCCACGCCUCUCAGGUGGCCAUAGUCUACAUGAAACAUCAACAGUGCUUGUGGAAACUGUUACUAAAUCUUCAGCUUCUGUAGGAGGCUAUGGCAUGGCUGUACCCAAAUUUACUUCUGAUGCCUCCAAAGUAGUGUCCCGUGGUCCUGGGUUGUCAAAGGCUUUUGUGGGACAGAAAAACACCUUCACUGUAGACUGCAGCAAAGCAGGAACCAACAUGCUGAUGGUAGGAGUUCAUGGCCCUAAAACCCCAUGUGAAGAGGUAUAUGUAAAGCAUAUGGGCAACCGAUUAUAUAAUGUGACCUACACCGUAAAGGACAAGGGGGACUACAUCCUCAUCGUCAAGUGGGGCGACCAAAACGUACCUGGGAGUCCCUUCCAAGUCUCUGUGCCUUGAAACCCUUCUUUAUCUUCCAUCGUAUAGGAGGCAUUGUAGGAAGCCUACCUGCCAUUCAAGGACAAAUCAAUCCCCCUUUAUGCAAAUGCACUGAUGAAAAUAAAAAACAAACUGUAUUAGUAGCAUAACAGCUAGUAAUAACUCCACAGAGUGCCUUUGUAUGUCCAGUCUAAGAAUUUUCCCAUUGCAUGAGGGCAUUUUAGUGGUUCCACUAUGAGAAGUGGGUGAGGGAUUUGGGGAAAGGGGGAAAGCAUGCACAUACCCACAAUGCCCUUUUCUGCUUUUUACAUUGUUUUUCUUUAUAUUCCGGUUGGCGUUUUUUUUUUUCUAAUCGCUACCUGUUUUGUUUUCUACGCGCUUUGUGUUUGUUUUUUUAAUUUGCGGGGGGACAGGGGUUUUAAGGAAGAAUGAAGGGACGAGGGUUAAAUAUGGCAUCAAGGGUCAGUGGGUCACUUUAUUACAUGACUGCUGGUUAUUGGCAAAAUGAAUAGGCCUGCAAUCUGGAGCAUCAUCAUUGUAUCAAUGUUAUUAUCAGUCUUAUUAUCUGUUUGCAUAGCUAGUUCCUUUGUUUGUGUUUCCUCACGGAUUCAUGUGACUUGGUACACAAGAACUGAAGCUAGUAUUAAAAGGUCAAACCCAAUGUACCAAUGAUUUUUCUCCCCAAUUUAUUUCUUUUGGGUUUGAAAAUAAAUCUCCAUUUUCAAAAUGAACUAAGUUCUUGUGAAUGGAGUUCCCUUUCUAUGCUGUCUGUGUUCUAGAGUGGACACGUUCCCUGUGGCAUCUGUCCCAUGUCCCAGAAAGUAAUUAUAUGCUAGUUGUUCCUGUAAUUUGCUGCAGACUUGCAGCUUUGACCAUUAGCCUUUUGCCCCAAGGGCAUCCUGACCCUUUAACCUCUGACCUGGUCAGUUUUUUAGGUAUAUGAUUGAUUGUCCUAGCACUGUGAUUUGGGCAGAGGAGACGUCAUGCGGCCCUAUGCCACGCGACUGCGUUUUGUAGACAGUUUGUUUUCUAUGCAUUGUACAGGGCCCACGAAAGCCCAUGUUCAUUUAUAAGAGAUCUUUAAAUUGGUGCAUACAAAAGAAAAAUAAAGUUUUAUUGCUAAUGUG